AUGCACUCGCGUCGGCCCGAGACUUUGAAGAUUGACAUCUCAAAGUAUAGGGGGGUCGAAGAAGACUCCCUCUUGAGAUGGUUCGUCGAAUUGGACGACGCUAUAAGGGCGCGUCGCAUCGACGACGGGGACAUGCAAGUUGCAUUUGCCCAAUCAAAGCUGGCAGGACGUGCCAAGACUUGGGCACUGGGGCUCAAGUUGCACGACCCAUAUGCGUUUGGGUCGUUGGAAGUCUUCAAGUCGCGGCUCAGACAAACGUUUGAACCGCCUAGAGCUGAGUUCAGGGCUCGAACCGAACUCUUAAAGCUCAAGCAGGGUAAGCGUGAUGUGCACGCUUACGCUCAACAUAUACGACAUCUCACGAGUUGUAUAAGUUCCAAUCCGGUGGAUGAACACACGUUGGUUUCGGUGUUCAUGCAGGGUCUUGCGGAUGGUCCCGUCAAGACUCACCUGUUCCGGCUUGAACUAGAUUCACUAGAACAAGCCAUUUCCAUUGCGGAGCAGGAAGACUUCAGUCUGAGACAGGCUCGCGCCAGCUCGACAUCAUAUCGUCAACCGAGACGAUAUGACAACGGAGGUCCAGAGCCGAUGGAACUCUGUUAUGUAGAGAGCGAGAAGGCUCGCUCUACAGACUACAAGAGGUUGCAGAAAUGCAACAAAUGUCAAAAGACAGGACACUACGCUUACGAGUGUAGUGCCCCUCGUCCAGUGUCUCGCAACACUGGGCGUAGUGACCGUCCACCAAUGAGAAAGGGGCAGGGACGUGGGUCCGCUGUUGGUGCAAAGACGCAACAACGGGAUGGACCGUCAAAAAACGGACAGGAUCAGUAG